AGUCGCCGUUCGCAGUCCGCUCGCCAAUUUGGCCCGUUUGUGAAAAUAUUCGUAAGGCAGCCGCAGUCGCAUGCUGAGAGGAAAUAGGCGCGCUACAGAUUCCGAUUGCGAUUCUUGUACUGCUACUGUUCCAGGAGGCCAUAACAUCGAAUAACAAUAUCUGAAUUAACAGCAGCAGAACUAAAAAAUCAACCACUUGGCCGAAACAAACUAAAAAUAAUUCGAAGCCCGAGAAAUGUUAAAAAUAAAUCCAAAAGAAAUCAACGAGUAUUUUUCGGCGGCAAAACAAGGCGGCGGCAACCGCAGCAGCCGCGGUGGCAAAGAAUAUGAACAGAAUUAAAAGGCAGCCGCUUGGAGGCUAGGCUACUAAAAAAAUAUAUAUUAAAAAAACCAAAAAGAAAAAAAACCCAAUCAGCGAGCAGAAGCAGCAAAAGCGAAUUUACACAAAAAAUAUCAAAAAGUAAAAUAGAAAAUAGAAAAUAGAAGCCGCACAACAGUAAAUAGCCGAAAAAAUUGUCGUCCAGCCCGAGGUAGCCUCUCCAUCAGCGGCGGAGCAGGCGGAAAAGCUACGGAAAAUCAACGGAAAAGCGAGGCCAUCACAAGAGCUCGCGUGGGCGGCGUUGGCUGGCAAGGACAGCGGUUGGUCGUUGACGUUGGCAGCGUCUGAAACUGAGGCGGAUUCUGAAGCGGAGGAGCGGCGACGUUGUCGUGGCCACGCGGUUUACGCUCCACGGUCCGCGGGCCACUUUCGCGAAUCAAUUUCCGUUGCGGUGGCCGUUUCAGUUUUGGUUUCAACGUCGCCGGCGCCACGCGUGUCGUGAUUUCCCAAUGGCGCUUCCUCCAGUGGGUGUUUCAACCUAAAAGUGCGAUAAUAAAAUACGAAUCUGCCACACAGUGUUACUAAAAAGAUAGAGAAAAAAGAUAGAGAGAGAGAGCUACAAGCCAAAGAUAAGUUAUAAAUUAUAGUAAAAUUAAAACCAGACAACGAGACUCAUGUUGUUGUGCGACGGACUUGGCCCGGAGCCACCGCGGCAAAGGCAUCGAAAUCGAACCAGUGCCGCCAGGAUUAGAAAAAGACCCAAAUGCUGCUGCGCCGAUGGCAGCAGCGGCAGCGGCAAUCAGGCGGAGCAGCCCGGCGGAGUAGUUAGCAACCCAAUUAGUUAUGGCCAAAGUCUGACAACAUUGGCGCGGGUCACGGCGGCCGCACUGACCACGGCGGCCAUGCUGCACACAACGAACGCCCUGGCUGCCACCGGCUCAUCCAGCUCAUCCAACUCUUCCACCGGCGGUAUAGCACUGCCGCUGGGCACUGCCACACCUGCCACACACGAACUGAAUGCCACACAGCCGUUUGGCGGCACGGGUCUGAACUUCAACGAAAGCGGCGCUGGAUUAAGUGACCAUCAUCAACAUCAACAACACAAUCCCGACGAGGAUUGGCUGGACAACAUCGUUUGGGUGUUCAAGGCCUUUGUCAUGCUGCUCAUCAUCAUUGCGGCCAUCUGCGGCAAUCUGCUUGUUAUUAUUUCUGUGAUGCGUGUUAGAAAAUUAAGAGUUAUAACGAAUUACUUUGUAGUUUCCUUAGCCAUGGCUGAUAUAAUGGUCGCUAUUAUGGCCAUGACAUUUAACUUUAGUGUGCAAGUAACUGGGCGGUGGAACUUCAGCCCCUUCGUGUGCGAUUUGUGGAACAGCCUCGAUGUCUACUUCUCAACAGCGAGUAUUUUGCAUUUAUGCUGCAUAUCUGUGGAUAGAUACUAUGCGAUUGUUAAGCCCCUCAAGUAUCCGAUUAGCAUGACGAAACGCGUGGUCGGCAUUAUGCUGCUAAACACAUGGAUAUCGCCGGCACUGCUCUCCUUCUUGCCCAUCUUCAUCGGCUGGUACACCACGCCGCAGCACAAGCAGUUCGUCAUCCAGAAUCCGACGCAGUGCUCGUUCGUGGUGAACAAGUACUACGCCGUCAUAUCGAGCUCCAUAUCGUUUUGGAUACCCUGCACCAUCAUGAUAUUCACCUACCUGGCCAUCUUCCGGGAAGCCAAUCGGCAGGAGAAGCAGCUGAUGAUGCGACACGGCAACGCCAUGCUGAUGCACCGACCAUCCAUGCAGCCCUCAGGCGAGGCGCUGAGCGGAUCCGGGUCGUCGAAAACAUUGACGCUGCACGAGGUCGAGCAGGAGCACACCCCCACUAAGGACAAGCACUUAAUCAAAAUGAAGCGGGAGCACAAGGCCGCACGCACGCUGGGCAUCAUCAUGGGCACCUUCAUCCUCUGCUGGCUGCCAUUCUUCCUGUGGUACACUCUCUCCAUGACCUGCGAGGUGUGCCAAGUGCCGGACAUAGUCGUCUCGAUCCUCUUCUGGAUCGGGUACUUCAAUUCAACACUCAACCCGCUGAUCUACGCGUACUUCAACCGCGACUUCCGGGAGGCGUUCCGCAACACGCUGCUCUGCCUGUUCUGCAACUGGUGGAAGGAUCGCCACCUGCCGCUGGACAUCGACAUCCGGCGCUCCAGCCUGCGCUACGACCAGCGGGCGAAGAGCGUCUACUCGGAGAGCUACCUCAACUCGACGACGCCCUCGCAUCGCCGCCAGUCGCAGAUGGUGGACAACUUAUAAUACAGGGAUGAGGCGCUGCUGACCCCCAUCGCCCAGCAGCAGCAGCGGCUGGCGGCGGGCGGAUCCCGCCUGGGCGGACAAUUGGCAGCUGCCGCCAAGGAUGGCAGGGAAUCGAAGGAUGCAAAGGAUGCGGGCAAGGGCAAAUCCAAUGUCGAUUGCUUGGCGGGCGACGAUGUGCAGGAGAUCCAGAUUGAAAUACCCAUGGAGUACAUCAACAAAUGGAACAAGAACAACAAUGCUGCCGCCUCGACGGCCUCGAGUCAUGUGUAAAUGGUGCAAAUGGUGCGACUGGUGUAAGGAUGCGAAUCGAAUCGAUCGAUGGCAGCCGGAUGGGUGGAAUCAAUUUAAUGCAAUUAAAAUGUUCCAUUAAUUUGUAAAAUUAAUAUGCCGGCAAAUGCGUCGGCUGAUUUACUCGUAAUGUUGACAUUAAUCAAUCUGUGGAGCGUGCCAUUUCAUUUGUUCUUCACUUUAUUUUUUCAUUUUUGCUUUCGUUUUUAAAAACAUUUAAUCUCAAUUCGAGUUCGCCGGGUUCCUUGGCGCACAGAUCGAGACUUUGUAUAGGAUAACUUAUUUAUUUAUGAUUUCAUGUCGUUAAUAUCUUGUUGUAAAUACUGAGUAUUUUUGUACGACUAAAUUAAGCACAGGUUGUAAACUCAUUUCGAUAAAUGUAUAUGAAUAUGUAAUAUGUAUGUACGUACGCCAAUCGAAAAUCUGUAAGCCGUAAAGCAUUUUGCUCACGAAAAGAAAUAACCACAAAUAAAUUAUUUAAAAUGGCAAUCACUGCAACUCACUGA